AUGGCACAAGUAAACGAGACGGACCAGGAACCCAGCUACAGCCAGUUUGCCUGCAUUGGAACCGGAUUCUCAGCCAUUGCCCUGGGUGCAACCUUGAAGAGAUGGUACGGAAUAACUGAUAUUUGCUUCUUCGAAAAGCACAAGCAGCUAGGAGGAACUUGGUUCGUCAAUAAAUACCCAGGCUGUGCUUGUGACGUGCCUAGCGCCCUUUACAGUUUCUCUUUCGAGCCAAAUCCGACAUGGAGUCGCAUGUUGCCAUCGACAGACGAGCUAUGGGCCUAUCUAAAUCGCGUCGCCACCAAGUACAGCCUUCCGAGAAAAAUGAGCUUCGGCGUCAAUGUGGAACGCUGUGAGUGGAUUGAAGAACGCAGUCGAUGGCAGCUUCAUAUCCGACACCUCGCGACGGACAGCGUCUACAAGCACGAAUCCCAAUUUCUCUUCUGUGCCAGUGGCCAGCUUGUCACACCUAGAGACCUCGGCGUUCCAGGCGUUGGGUCGUUCAAAGGUCCCAUAUUCCACGCCUCACGCUGGCGUCACGACAUCGAUCUCACCGACAAGAAUGUCGUCGUCUUUGGGAACGGUUGCACUGCGGCUCAAAUUGUGCCAAGCAUCGUUGGCAAGACCAAGCAUCUAACUCAGAUCAUACGCUCCAAGCACUGGGUCCUGCCCCCCAUCGACCAGCCAUUCCCAGCCUGGUUCAAAUUCUUCCUCACCUGGUUUCCUGGCGCCUUGCUAGCUUUCCGCUUCAUCAUCUUUUUGGCCGCGGAAAACGAACUCCGAGGCUUUCCUAUGACCAAGGCGGGAGCCAGGUUCCGACAGUCGAGACGCAGGAUAGCAGAAGCGUAUAUGCGCAAGACAGCCCCGGCCAAGUAUCACGACUUGCUUGUUCCCGAUUUUGAAAUUGGCUGCAAGCGUCGAAUUUUUGAUUCCGGUUAUCUGGAGAGCCUCCAUGCCAAGAAUCUGACACUAACAAACGAGGAAGCAGUGGAGAUUCUGCCAAACGGCGUUCGCACCAAUAAGGACAAGAUUAUCCCCGCCGACGUUGUUGUUCUGGCAAAUGGUUAUGUGACCAACCGCUUUCUUGGCAAUAUAGAGGUCGUCGGUCGCCAGGGCGAGACUAUCAAGGACCACUGGGAUCGCUUUGGGGGAGCAGAGGCAUACAAUUGUUCCGCGCUAAGUGGCUUUCCCAACUUUUUUGUUCUUCUAGGUCCUAAUGCGGCUACUGGUCAUACAUCUGCCAUUAUGGCUGCGGAGAAUUCCGUCAACUUUGCGUUGCGAAUUCUUAAGCCAGUCCUUGAUGGGAAGUCGAGCGUGGUUGAUCUCAAGAUUGAGGCCGAACACAGAUAUGUCGAUCGCAUUCAAGCUGACCUGCAGAAGACGGUUUGGUUCUCUGGAUGUAAAAGCUGGUACGUGAGAGAUGGUGAGGAGGGCAAGAAGUGGAACGCAAUGAGCUAUCCUUGGUCCCAAGGGCAUUUCUGGUACAGAAGCGUGUUUCCUACUUGGAGUGACUGGAGCUUCAGCGUAGGUUCUAACUACUAUGGAACAGUGUAG